AUGGAUCUUACCCCGUCAGAUGCAACGAAUCUGGCUCUUCCCAGCUCUUAUAGCAUGCAAGUCAGUGUCUCGGCAUCGGAUGCAGAUAGUGGCAGUCUUGGAACCGUAUCAUACUCCCUAAGCCCGGAGUCCCCACCUCAGUUUCAGAUCCACUCGGACAGCGGAGAGAUCUGCCUCUCAGACAUUCUGGAUCGAGACGAUGGAGAAAGGUUCUUCCUGCUUCAUGUGACGGCCACAGAUGGGGGUGGUCUGAGUUCCGGAUGUCUUGUGAGGGUUUCCGUAGAAGAUGUGAAUGAUAACCGUCCAAUCUUCUAUCCUCUGGAAUAUGGUGGCAGUGUAGGCGCGCUCAGCCCACCAGGAACUUCCAUACUGAGUGUGACUGCUCGCGAUAAAGAUGAAGGAAUCCAUGGCAUCAUUACCUACCAUAUCAUAUCAGGGAAUAACCACGCACUUCUACGCAUACAACCCGAUACAGGUACUCUUAUUGUGGCUCGUGCUCUGUCUGCACGAGCUGGCUCUGUCCUACAUCUGGAAGUGGGAGCCCAGGAUGGAGGUGGAGUCAGAGCCGAGAUGAAUGCCCGGGUAAAUGUCAGCAUCCUGUCCAGCGCUGCCCACAUGCCUACUUUUCUGCAGCCCCAGUAUGACAUCACUGUGCCUGAGGACACGCCUCCUGGAACCAGCGUGGGUAGUGUGAAAGCCACCAACCCAACAGGUGUCUCGAGUGUGAUACUGUACUCCCUGGCCUUUGGUGACCCUCGUGGCCUUUUCUCUCUGGACCCUCGUUCUGGAAUAUUGUCCACAUAUCGACCACUUGACCGGGAACAGGACGCCGAGCUUACUCUAGAAGUUCAAGCUCGUAGUGGGUCUCCGCCAGCCUAUACCCGCGCCCGGAUCAACCUGAAAAUCACCGACAUCAAUGACAACCCACCAACCUUUGCUUUUUCCUCACAUACCUUGAGACUCCAAGGUUCCCCACCUACUGGCUCUGUUAUAUUUACUGCUAAAGCAACAGACCCCGAUACAGGAGCCAAUGGACAGAUUCAUUAUCAAAUGGUGUCACAGGGACCUUUCAGUAUUGACAAUUCUGGACAGAUCCAAACCACUGGGCCCCUGACACAAGAAAGUUAUGAGCUGCGUGUUAAUGCCCUCGAUGGUGGAUUCCCACAGCUGUCUUCUGAAUUAGAGAUCACUGUCCUUGUUCUGGAACAGGAAUCUGAGCCAGCUUGCGGAGCAUCUGAUUAUCGUGUGGAGGUCCGAGAAGGUAGCCCUCCAAUGAGCCGGCUGGUGCAGGUGCAAGCUUUGCUCCCUGGUGGAGGGGAGAACCCUCUACGUUAUAGGCUGAGACCAGAUGCUGAUGCCGUAGGGUUCAGUGUGCAGCCAGAAACUGGGUGGCUGUAUGUACGAGGGGCCUUAGAUCGUGAAAGUAGGGAAGUUUAUGUCCUGGCAGUCUUGGCAUCUGGGGGUUCUGGCCUUCGAACUGCCACUUGUUCUGUACGUGUUCGAGUUACAGAUGAAAAUGACAAUGCACCUCGCCUUAGCGAAGAGAGGUAUUUCAUGAGUAUUUCUGAGAAUCGGCCCUCAGGGGAAAUUGUGGGAAGGGUCAGUGCUUCCGACAGAGAUGCUGGUCAAAAUGGACGUAUUACUUACAGACUUCCAGCUCAAGAAACUGACUUCAGUAUACACCCACAUACUGGAGAACUUUCUGUAAGAAAGAGUCUUGACCGGGAGCACCAGGCCACCUACCAGCUACUAGUCAUUGCCCAGGAUGGAGGAGCUCCUCCACGCAGUGUCACAGGAACCAUCCAUGUCUCUGUUUUGGAUGAGAAUGACAAUCGUCCUGAGUUUUUGUACCCGAUAUCUGGAAGAGAAACACCUAUACAGAUAAUGGAAGGAAAAAGUUCAGGUAUGUUCGUGGCAUCCGUCUUGGCAAUGGAUUCAGAUGAGGGAGAGAAUGGAACGGUUAUCUACAGCUUGUCAGGUCCAUGGGCAGAGCGGUUCACUCUUCACUCGCACACGGGAGAACUACGUACAGCAACAGUUUUACACCACUCAGAGCGAUCCCACUACACAAUGACUGUCCAGGCUAGAGACUCUGGAUCUCCAGCUAAAAGCUCAGAGGCCACUGUCCGUAUUCAGGUGGUGCCAACUAAUCGAUACCCUACAAAACCCAACCCCAGUGUACUACUCCUUACACCAAUGGAAGGACUACCGCCUGGGUCUCUCCUGGGUGCUGUUUCCCCUAAAACUCCCCACGGUUCUGCAAUUUACACUUUAUUGGAUGACCAACAUGGCAACUUCAUGGUGGACGGUCGUACUGGCAACAUAUUUCUGGUAAAAGAACUGGACUUUGAGUCUCAGCCCCUUCACAGCCUCCGAGUGAGCAUUGAGGAAGCCCAUGAAGUUUCUGCUGUGUAUCUGCCCCCAAGGGUAGUGCAAAUAGAGAUUGAAGUCCAAGACAAAAACGAUCACUCACCAAUGUUUCCAGAGGAUCCACUGACAUUGGUGAUUCCAGAGGAUGCCCAGGUUGGUUCCUCUAUUUUUACCUUCCAAGCUAUAGACCGUGAUGGUCCAGGCCCCAACAGCCAGGUGCGGUAUUCCUUGCUGCGGCAGGAGCCAGAAGCUGCUGAAUCUACUUUUCGACUGGAUGCAGAGACCGGGAUAUUGAGUGUAGCAAAGCCAUUAGAUCGUGAAAAAGUGUCUUCUUACCUACUCAUGGUGGAAGCCACGGAUCGGGCACUGAAUGCCAGUCAGCGUCGGUCAACUUCCGUAACCGCCAGAAUUUUUCUCAGUGACCGCAAUGACCACACUCCACGGUUCAUCACACCAGCUACAAUGUGGUUAUCUGAGGACCUGCCUGUUGGAUCCACAGCUCUUUUCCUGGUGGCACAAGAUCCAGACCUAGGAGAGAAUGGGAGAGUUGGUUAUCAGAUAGCCGGAGGAAAUGAGGAUGGUCGUUUCCAGAUACAUCCAAACACAGGAGCCCUGUCUGUGGUGAGAGCCCUAGAUCGUGAGGAAACUCCCGGAUAUAACCUGACUUUGGUGGCAUCAGACCAUGGCUCGCCUCGUCUGUCCAGCACACAGACGCUUUCCAUCUCCAUCCUCGAUGUAAAUGAUGAAACGCCCACCUUUGAGAAAACACAAUACGAAGGGAACAUAUUAGAAAACCAAUCGGCCGGCAAAAGUGUGCUGAGAUUGCGGGCUGUGGACAGAGAUCUCGGUCUUGGUGGACAGAUCACAUAUGGAGGAGUGACUGGGGACGAAUUCUCUCUUGAUCCAGAAACUGGAGUUCUGACUACCAAGCGGCCAUUUGAUCGAGAGAUGAAGGACGUGUACAAACUAACAGUCUAUGCUAGGGAUGGAGGUUCCCCACCACGGGUGUCAGAGGCCAGGGUGCAUAUCACCAUAGAUGAUCAGAAUGACAAUGCUCCUAAAUUCGAGAACGACAAUGUGUUCUUGGAAGUGCCUGAAAAUCAGGAUCCCGCAACCCUGUGCAUACUCCGUGCCUGGGACCUUGAUGCCGGCAGCAAUGGGCAACUACAGUACCGGCUUAUUGAUGGAGAUCCAUCCAGCGACUUCACUUUAGAUUCUACAUCUGGAGCCCUUUCUACAUCACGAGCUUUGGACCGAGAAUCUGGAGCAGAUUACCGACUGACGGUAAUAGCCAAAGAUGGCGGCAAUCCAGCCCUCACUGCCACCGCUGUUGUCACUGUGACUGUCCUGGAUCUUAAUGACAAUGCCCCCACCUUCUCAGCGGCCUCUUACAACGCGGAGAUCUCAGAAGAUGCCCCCGUGGGCAGUUUAGUUCUGAAGUUGACAGCCGUUGACUCCGACCAUGGCCCUAAUGGUCAAACAACAUUCCAUCUGUCUAAUGGUACUCAGGGAGCCUUCCAUAUCGAUCCACUAACUGGACAGAUCACCACCGCAGUUCAACUUGACCGUGAGCGCCGAGCUACUUACACAUUCAUAGCUUGGGUAAUGGAUUCAGACCCCUCAGGGCCACGUAGCGCAGAGGCAUCUGUGACAGUCAUAGUACGAGAUGUGAAUGACAAUGCCCCGGCAUUUCAGCGUAGCCCGUUCCUUCUUAAUCUGUCCCGUAACACUCCAAUCAAGCGGACAAUGACUGCAUUAAGAGCAGAAGACAAGGACGCAGGUGCCAACGCUUCCAUCCUAUACAGGUUGGCUCCACAGUCAACAAAAGGUGGGUUUUCAGUAGACCCUUACACCGGGGAGGUCCGUCUGCUGGAGCCAUUGGAGGCAAUGAGUCCAAAAGAACGCACAGUCUUUGUACAAGCCUCAGAUCUGGGGGCACCUCCGCUUUCCACCACAGCUGUACUGGUCAUACAUUUACGGGAGGAAGCAGCCAGAGGACCUCGUUUCCCGAGAGAUUCCACCGACAUCAGCUUUUCAGAAAUCAGCCAACUAGGCUCUGUGGUUGGAACGGUGAGAGCUACACACAACGGAGGCUCUUCUGGAAAGAUCACCUACAGCUUCAUUAGUGGGAAUGAACACGGAGCCUUUAACAUCAACCCAAACACAGGCCAGAUUACAGUCCUGCAGCCGGCACUGUUGGACUACGAAUCCAUCCCACGGCACAAGUUGGUGAUUCAGGCAGAGACGGCCCAAUAUUAUGCUUUUACUACUGUCAACGUCCUGCUGCAGGAUGCCAAUGACAACGCUCCACGCUUUCAGCUCCCACAAUACACAGUCCAUAUCUGGGAGGCUCAAGCAGAUGGGAGCCGCAUCAUACAGGUUCUCGCUGAAGAUCCAGACCAAGGCAUGAACGGUCAGAUCAUUUACGCUUUUGAGCCAUCGCAGCCCAUGAGGGAUCUGUUUCGUAUUGAUGCCCAGUCAGGUGUCAUUACAACAGCUGCCAUUUUAGACCGGGAGAUCUGGUCUGAGGCACGGUUGCUGGUGACCGCAACGGAUCGGGGGUCUCCUCCACUGACCGGGUCGGCUACCCUCACUCUGGUGGUAAUGGAUGUAAAUGAUAACAGUCCUACCAUCCCUGUUCAGAUGGAACUGAGUGUUCCUGAAGAUGCUGUGAUUGGCUCUGAGGUAGCUCAAGUGACAGCGAAUGACGUGGACUCGGGGCCCCCGUUAUGGUACGUGCUGUCCGUGGAUGGGAUUCCUGGGGGAGCCUUCAGCAUCUUCCGCUACGGUGGCCAGAUAUGGCUGACAGAACCUCUGGACUAUGAGGAGAGGACGUCUUACACCUUAACUAUUCAAACUUCCGAUGGGAAACACCAGAGCCGAGCGGACCUCCGCCUCCUGCUGCAGGAUGUCAAUGAUAACGCCCCGGAGUUCCGCCAGAGCCUGUAUCAGGUGACCAUCAUGGAACAUGCGAAGGCCUGGACUCCUCUCAUCACCAUCUCGGCCACAGAUCGAGACUCGGGAGAGAACAGCAGAGUCACCUACACAGUGCUGUCAGCAGGAAGUGGAGCUUUCUACAUCCAUCCUGAGAAUGGGACUCUUUUCACAACGCAGCCUAUGGAGCUGGAAACACAGGGGCCGCUAGUGGAUGUCAUAGUUGAAGCUCGAGAUAACGGCUCUCCAAGUCUAGCUUCCAUUGUUACUGUGCAGAUCAUUUUGAUGGAUGUGAAUGACCAUUCUCCAGUCUUCCCACAGCAGCAGUACACUACAUCUGUGCCCGAGGACCUUCCUCUGGGCAGUACGAUUCUCAUCCUUGAGGCCACUGAUGCUGACCAAAGUCUGGAAAAUUCUGGACUGGAUUACACCAUCAUAAGCGGUGACGUGGGCAACGUGUUCCAGGUGCAAAGUGGAAUACGUUUGUGGAAUGGACAUUUUCAGCACAUAGGCUCAAUCAUCCUAACUGAUGCUUUAGACUUUGAGACCACUAACUUCUAUAACUUGACCCUAGGGGCCUCCGACCGAGGCAUCCCACAACGUAGCUAUUCUGUUCCUGUGUUAAUCACCAUACUGGAUGUCAAUGACAACCCUCCUGUGUUUCCACGGCCGGAUUAUAGUGUUCUCCUCAGUGAGGCGGCUCCUGUUGGCUCUGAAGUGCUUCGGGUCUUGGCACAGGACUCAGAUUCUGGUGACAAUGGCAUGGUGCAUUACAGAAUCACAUCCGGUGAUGAGAGCCACCUUUUCCAGAUCAACGAGGCAACUGGAGCAGUAAAGCUAGUCCGCCAACUCGACCGAGAAAGGCAGGCCAUGCACACUCUUGUGAUCUUGGCUUUUGAUGGCCAGAAUGGACUGGCCAACUUUGCUCUUGUUUCCCUAACUGUAGAAGUCCGCGAUAUCAAUGAUAACAAACCUUACUUCCCAGUACAGAUACUGACAACCAGCAUUAGAGAAAACCAACCAGCAAACACUCUGCUCACGAUCAUUCAUGCCAUCGAUCUCGACACAGGAAUAUUUGGCCAGCUGCUGUACACUGUGAUUGAACUACCACCAGCAGAACCCGGAAUGCUGAUUGGAAAAGACGUUUUCUCUGUAAACAGAACUUCAGGGGAACUACUUUCCCGACAGAGUUUUGAUUAUGAACGCAGUAAAGCCUUCAGCAUGAUAAUAAAAGCAAUCGACGCUGGCAACUUUUCUGCUACAGUCACUGUACAAGUCCUAGUGACUGGGGAGGAUGAGUACGACCCUGUAUUUGUAGCGCCCUAUUUCAAUUUUGAGGUGCCAGAAGCAGCUGCCAAAGGUCAAACUAUUGGUCGUGUCCAGGCCACAGAUGAAGAUGAAGGUGCUGAUGGGGUAGUUCUCUACUCAUUUUCUAAACCAUCACCAUACUUUGGAAUCAAUGAGACCACUGGGCAUAUUUAUUUAAAGGUAGAUAGUCAAAGGCAUCGUUCUGGACGUUCUAAGAGAGAGACUAGAGAAAUGACCUUAGAUGUUCAUGCACACAGUCCCUUGCCAUCCUCUAGAGUUGCCAUAGCACAGGUUACAGUAGACAUUACACAUACAUCUUUUGGUCUGGCACCUGACCUGAAUUUGCUCCUCAUUGUGUCAGUGGCUUCCUCAUUGGCAGUGGUUGUGGUGCUGGCUGCAGUAGCCAUAAUACUAGUAGUCUGCAGGUCUCGGGGAAUCCAAAAGAAAGGUCAAGAGGGUGACGCACAAAUGGACAGUUUACAAGGUGGAACUUUGCAAAGGAUGGGACACGAUAAAUCAGCACUUAGCAGCGGGGAUCGAAUUUAUCACCAGACUCUUCCGGGCUACCCCAUGGAUUCUUCCACUGUAGAUGGAUCUUACACGAGAGGAGGGUCUCUGGACCCCUCGCAUUCCAGUGGACGUGGAUCUGCUGAAGCUGCUGAAGAUGAUGAAAUUCGUAUGAUCAAUGAGUAUCCACGUGUGGCAAGCAUUACAUCUUCUAUGCAAGAGCACAUAUCUGCAAGAGGUCCUGAUUCGGGUAUCCAACAGGAUGCUGAUCAACUGUCUGAUAUUUCCUGUGACCCUUCUAUGGACAGCGGACAGUGGUUCAAGAACAAAAAGUCUUCCAGUCAGUAUCGUGAUGAUGGUGGGGGAGGAGGUGCUUUCAUGGGAGUGGGCUGUGGACUUAAUAUGCCGCACCAUAAGGACUACACGUUCCCUGAAGAUGGCAAGCCAUCUGUGGAGGGUUCUCUGACAGCCAUUGUGGCUAGUGAUGAGGAAUUGCGUGGCAGCUACAACUGGGAUUACUUGCUAAACUGGUGUCCUCAAUUUCAGCCGCUGGCCAGCGUUUUCAUGGAGAUUGCUCGACUCAAAGAUGAGUCUGCUCUAAGAAGACCCUUCCAGCCAAAGCCCAAAGCCAUUCCUCAACCUCGCAUUGACCCACCUCCUCUUAUCACAUCUGUGGCUCAUCCAGGUGCAAAGACCGUGCCUCCUAAACCAGCUGUGGCCAGAACCUUCCCUAAUUUCUCCUCCCUCCGCCGUUCUCCCAUUAUUAAUGAAGCUUCUCUAUCUUCAAUCAUACCGCCAAGCUUUUCCCCAUCUCUGUCUCCAUUGGCAGCUCGUUCUCCUGUUGUGUCCCCAUUUGGCAUCUCCCAGGGCCCCUCAGCAUCUGUCCUCAGCACAGAGCACAACCUUGACCCUGCUGGUGAUGGGGAACUAAGAAUUUAACAACACCAGGUGGACAUAGAGGAUGAAGACACGCAUAUGAAAUCGAAUUGGAAUUACCUGUCUGAAAUGGCGAGAAAGUCUCUAAGAGGCAAUAACAUUCAGAACCAUAAAUAUACCCGCUAUUAAGCCAAAAAAGACAAUUUUAAGAGGGUUUUA